AUGGUUUUAACGACAGAGGGUGAAAGAAAAGCUUUCACGGUAGAAGUAAGGCAAUUGUCAAGAGUCUUUCAUCCUAAUAUUGUCAAAUUAUAUGGUGCGUGUACUAAAAAUCCAGUAUGUUUGGUAAUGGAAUAUGCAGAAGGUGGAUCAUUAUACAAUGUUCUUCAUUGUAAUCCACAACCGCGCUAUACUGCUAGUCAUGCAAUGAGCUGGGCUCUUCAAUGUGCACGUGGUGUAGCAUAUCUUCAUAAUAUGAAGCCUAAACCAUUAAUUCAUAGGGAUUUAAAGCCACCAAAUCUAUUGCUAGUCAUGGGUGGACAAACGCUUAAAAUUUGUGAUUUUGGUACAGCCUGUGAUUUGAAUACUUAUAUGACUAACAAUAAAGGUUCAGCAGCAUGGAUGGCACCGGAAGUAUUCGAAGGUUCAAGAUAUACCGAAAAAUGUGAUGUAUUUAGUUGGGGCGUCAUUUUAUGGGAAGUUCUUUCACGUAAAAAACCUUUCGAUGAAAUUGGUGCAUCAGCGUAUAGAAUAAUGUGGGCUGUGCACAUAGGGCAAAGACCACCAUUGAUAGAAGGUUGUCCAAGACCCAUUGAAGAAUUAAUGACCAGAUGUUGGCAGAAAUGUCCAGAAGACAGACCUUCGAUGGAUGAAGUGGUGAGAAUUAUGACGAUUCUAUUUGAAUUUUUCAACAAUAAUUUAGACCCUGUUGAAUAUUCCUUGGGUAGCGAAGCAGACGAUAUCGAUGGUAAUGAAGAUACGAAAGAUGAUAUUUUAGAUAUGGUAACGACCUUAGAUACUCGGAUAAAUGGAUCAGUUAUGAAUGGAACAAUAUGUCCAAAUGUUACAUCAUCUGUCAAACAACCGGAUGAUGGAACGGAUGAUGAACUUAAUUCGUAUCCAGUAACUUCUCAACAGUCCCCUAACAAUGCAUUAACGCAUUCCUCAUCGCAAAUAAAGAGAUCAAUACCGCAAUGUAAUCCUAUAAUAUCCCAAAUGAAUCCAGUAUGA